AUGCCGUCGGUGCAGGAGCUCAAAAGCAAAAAUGCCCGUGCAGUUCACGAGAAGCAUCUCGACCUCGUCACCAAAUACCAAUCGCACUUUGCUGCCGUCGAACAACUGCACAAGCUCGCCAAAGAGCAGAUUGUCGAUCAUGUAGCAUCUCAACUCGAGCUCAGCGAAGAGGGCAAGACGCGCGUGCUCGUCUAUCUCUCCGAUUUCGCCAACCUCUUUCGAUUCUACCGACGCUCCAGGUACAACCAUGAGCAGGCAAUCGUCCUUCUCAAUGCUACUGUUCUCUGGCGCAUGAGGACCGACCUGGAUCUUUUGUCGCUCUCGUCGCUGAAUCCGCUCUAUGUCACGCCACCACCGCCAAACCCGCCGCUGUUCUGGGUCAACAGCAGAUUCACCGACCUUUACGCAAGACCGUGUGGCAUUAUCAACCUGAGAAGCGUCGAAAGGACCGCCGACAAUUCGCUAGAUCAGCUCAAGGAGUACAUUGUCGCAUGCAUGGAAAUCAUGCGAAGGUACGUCUCCGACCUCUACCGCGCUAGCAUCUAUGCUGAUCAGCACAAAAAAGGCACCCCGCAAUCCGACAGGCAACAGCAAACCGACACGGUGCUACAGGCUUCCAUAGCGAUCGACCUUGCUUCCAGUGGUAUGGCUAACUUGGAGCUCGAGCUUCUGCCGUUCCUCUUGGAUUUGCUCAAAAACCAUGUGCCCGGCAUGGUUGGUGCUGUUUUCAUCCUCAACUACGGCUGGGUCCACGCGGGCAUGUGGGCCGUCAUCAAGCGGGUCUUGCCGCAACAAGCGCUUGCCAAGAUCUUCUUCCCUUCGCAUCAAGAAUUGCAAGAGCACUUUGACGUAAAAUGCAUUCCAGCGUGCUACGGUGGAGAGCUGGAUGUGACCAUCGAGAGCUCGACCAACGAUGUGCUGCGCAAGUACGGUCGACCCAGGCGUGCUUCCUCGGCUGCUGCAUCGGUCAUCACACCGCCUCACAGCCCUGGCGUGUCUCGCCACAUGAGUCGCACCAACUCGUACGAGAGCAUCUACGAGGUAUUUUACAGCGCCGACUCGACUCCUUGGGCCAGUCGGCCGGUAACGCCGCGACACAGCGAGCCGUCGACUCCUCGAGGUCAUGCUGCCGAUUUUAACGCUGCAAGUGGCCUCAAGAUGACCCCCAGCGCAGCGCGGAAGUUGAAGCAUCUCCAAAUGUCCAGAGGCGAUCUGUCGAGUGCAGCGGAGAACGCUCAUAUCGGAGGCAGGUCCAGAUCCGGUUCCGAGGUAAGGAUUGUCGAUGGAAGGGCGGUGGGGUUGAGCGUUAGCACUGGUGCCUCGCCGUUUGUCACACCGAGCGUGACACCUGUCGGACCGCUCAGUCCGAGGGUGCAGAGGACGAGGAAUCCAGAUCGACACGUGCGCUUUUCCAAUGACCGUUUGUCUUCGCCUCAACGUCGGGUGGGAGCCACGAGCAACUUUACACUUUACCUGCCAGAGGAGGACGAGGAGGCAGUGCUACCAUCCGAAAGCGAGGAUUCGGAUGCAAGCGGUAAAGACGGUGAGCUGGCUCCGCGUUUUUCGGAUGCUGCUGGUGCUGGACUGCUCAAUCGUCUUCGACGAUUGUCAGAGACACGAUUCAGCUCGAAAGGCGCGGCGGCUGCCGACGAUCAGGCGCUAGCGCAUGAGCAGCACCAGGCUGGAGCUUCGGAUGGCACCAUCAUGUACAUCGAGCCCGCAUCGCCGCGUCUUCAAGUGGAGCAUCUUGACGAGCCGCCUCUGCAGCACGUCGAACAUACGCUGCUCUCGCACCGCACACGUCGGUCCGCGCGCGAUGGCCAUGUCUCACCGUACAACGCCAACAACCCGUUCUUCGGCUACCCGGCCUACAAUCCGAUCACUCCCGAAACCACGUUCCGGCUCAACCGGAGCAGCACGCCGCAGCACCUGCAUUCUCGUCGGCGCAAACGCGAUCUGCUGCGUACGCUGACGUACUUGUUUGUGCUGCGCGUCCUGGCGUUCCACCGUCGACUGAGGUGGAGAAUGUCGUUGAUAGCGAGCGAGGUAGCGAGGACGAUGAGUGUCGGUGCCCGCGCGAGUACCACGGAAGGAGCCCAGGAUGAUUUUUGGAGGACUCUCGACGCUAGACGAUUGUCGGCGCUCCACCAGGAUGAGCAGAGGACCAAGGACAAGCUACGCGGAAACAGCGAGACGCCUUUGUCAAGGAUGGUAAAAAAGCUGCUGGGCGCCGUGGUGUUGGUGAUGCUAUUCAGGCCGGAAUGGAGGCAGAGGACGGUAGCGCAAGUGUACGCUGCUUUUGGGACCAUGUUGGGCAGCGGCGUCGUUGGUCAAGAAGAGGGUGUUGUGGAUUGGGACGAGUGGGAGAGGAGGGGGAUGAAGGCGGGUUCGAUUUCGCCGGACUCAACGAGAAACGGUAGUUGGAGCGGGAUGCACAUUCGGAGAAGGAUGGGUCUGAUCAAGGCGGAGGGCGGAGCAGGCAGGGUGGCAGCUGCCAAGCACGCUGCAGGAGGCGCGGGUGGCAAACAAGGUAGAGGAUCGAGGGUGAAUGCUCUGGCUGUAGCGGGUGGAGUGAUUUCGGGAGCUUCGCUCGGCUACCUUCUUUACACGUAUCUGUGGACGUCUGGGACAUCCAAGGCGAGUGGUGAUGACGACGAUGACGAUGUGGCCAAGCGUGGGACGACGUUGAGCAAGCGCGGCACCAGCCCGCGUGUGCGACCGAGCCUGAGCCUGUCGCUCUCCGCUACGUUCGACCGGAAUGACGACGACUCGAUCUCGGGCCUCGGAUCGCUGCUCUCGUGCAUAUGUCCGCUGUUUGUGGUACAUGUGAUCGUACCUGGCUCUGAAUCGCAAGAUCUAUCGACGUCGCUCUCGCAGCUCUCGACAAGGCUCGGAUCGAUCCGCGAUUUCGAUGCGCGACGCAUGCUCGAGUACACACAGGCUUCGGGUCGAUUUGCGCUUUCGCGCGCACUCGCGUGCGACUGCCAUGUCGAAGUGGCGCUGCCCGCUUCCGAUGAGCGCAUUACGGUGGUCGAGUUAACCAAGAUCCGUCGCAGUUGUGGCCUGGUGGUGUUUGCAUCGUUCGAAGCUUCGACUGCGCAAGUGGGCGGUAGGGCCGUAUUGGGCGAGUUGAAGUCGUUGGCAUUGCACGAGUCUGCGCAUCGCAGAGACGCGCCCAGUGGGAUGAGAGCGUUGGAUCUAGGUGCAGAACCGGACUGCUGGCAGGCUCUGGCGCUCAGCUUGCGACAGCUCAGGGAUGGUUGGAAGUGA